GAAUGUCACGUUGCAUUUAAUGCUUUACCUCCUCUCUCUGUGGACUCGGGUGUCAACCGAAUGGUUUCCCAAAAGCCUCCCGUGCGACGUGACGCAGCGCGACACAGAGGUGGUGGUGGACUGCAGCGAGCGCCAGCUGACCAGCGUUCCCACCGGCUUCCCCUCCAACUCCACCAACAUCACGCUCACCAUCAAUCACAUCUCACAGGUGACCUCCUUCUCCUUCUCCGGCCUGAAUAACCUGACGGAGAUCGACCUCAGGUGUAACUGCGUGCCCGUCAGACUUGGCCCCAAAGAUCGGGUGUGCACCAAGCCCCCGAGGGUGGCGAGAGGAGCCCUCUCCUCUCUGCCAGCGUUGAGGUCCUUGUACUUGGAUGGGAACCAAUUGGCCCGAAUACCUCAAGGGCUGCCCCGCACUCUCACUCUGCUCAGCUUGGAGGCCAACAGCAUCUUCUCACUUGGCAAGGCCAACUUUACGGAGCUGGGUGACUUGGAGAGCAUCUACCUUGGCCAGAACUGCUACUACCGCAACCCUUGUAACACUAGCUACCAGAUUGAGAGGGAUGCCUUCUACAAUCUGAGUCGUCUUGAGGUGCUGUCUCUCAAGGACAAUAACCUGACCUACGUUCCCCAGAGACUGCCUCGGAGUUUAAGGCAGCUUUUUCUGUACAACAACAGGAUUCGGCGCAUCGAAGAUAUCGAUUUCGCCGAGUUGGUCGAAUUGGAAAUUCUAGACUUGAGCGGGAACUGCCCCCGCUGCUACAAUGCACCAUUCCCUUGCCAGCCCUGUCAUGACCCCAGUUAUUUAUUGAUCCUUCCUAACGCUUUCCGGGCACUGCGAAACUUGAAGAUCUUGCGGCUCCAGAGUAACUGUCUGACAGCCGUGCUAAGCUCUUGGUUCAGAUAUACCACCAACCUGAAAAUGCUGGACCUCUCUCAGAAUUUCCUGGUGAAGGAAAUAGCCACGGCUUCAUUCUUGAAAUACCUCGGCAGCUUAGAGGGGCUAGACAUGUCCUUCAACUACGAACUGAAGGUGUACCACGAGUAUCUGAAUCUGUCCUCCACGUUCUCACAUCUGCGGUCCCUCCAAAGCCUGAAGAUCCGAGGCUACGUGUUUAAGAAUCUGAGGAUGGAGAACCUGAGGCCCCUGCUGCAGCUCACUCAGCUCAAGCUCCUGGACUUGGGCAUCAACUUCAUCAAGUUGGCCGAUCUCCAGAUCUUCAGCCGGCUGCCCGCCCUGCAAGUCAUCGACCUCUCGGAGAACAAGAUCUCGCCCUCCUCCACCCAGGGCGAGACGGGCUCUUGCGGGCCGAGUGGCCACUCGCAGCCGGGCACCGGCUCGUUUUACGGGUACCCCAACCAGGAGAGUUAUUUCCGCUACGACAAGUUCGGCCGGAGCUGCAAGUCGAAGGACAAAGAGUAUUACCACCUCUCGCCGGUGAGCUACAGCGAGUGCAACCGCCACCACUCCACCUUGGACCUCAGCAGGAACAACAUCUUCUACAUCAGCCCGGCGCAGUUCGACAACCUCUCGUUCAUCAAGUGUCUCAACCUGUCGGGCAAUGCCCUCAGCCAGACCCUGAAUGGUUCCGAGUUCCUUUCCCUCCCUCACCUGCGCUACCUGGACCUCUCCAACAACCGCAUCGACCUCCUCUACGAAUCCGCCUUUCAGGAGCUGCAGGAACUUCAAGUGCUAGACCUCAGUAACAACAACCACUAUUUCCAGAUGGAAGGGUUGACUCACAGAUUAAACUUCAUCCACACCCUCACCAAUCUCUCCAAGCUGAUCAUGAGCGAGAAUGACAUCUACACCUCAGCCGACUCGCAACUGAGCAGCAAUUCGCUAAGCGUGCUGGAGUUCCGGGACAACCAGUUGAAUUACAUGUGGAGCGACGGCAAUUACAUGUACAUUGAGUUCUUUGAGAACCUCUCCAACCUGAGCCGCCUCGACCUCUCGGGCAAUAGACUCGCGUUCAUGCCGCACGACGUGUUUGACCACCUGCCCCCGCUACUCAAGGAGCUUGUGCUGAGCGGUAACCAGCUGCGGAGCUUCAACUGGGGCAGGCUUUACCUGCUAGGCCGGUUGGAGCUGCUGGACCUCGGUAGCAACCUGUUGACCACAGUGCCUCGCAUGCUGUCCAACUGCACCCAGACCCUGCGCGUCUUCAACCUCACCCGCAACCAGAUCGCCAAGCUGACCAAGGACUUCCUGCUGGACAUGACCUCCCUGCAGUACCUGGAUCUCAGCUACAACAACCUGAAGACCGUCCAGGCCUCCAGUUUCCCGGACAGCGCCAUCAAACACCUUCGGGAGCUGCGGCUAAGCGGCAACCACUUUCUCUGCACCUGCGAUGCCAGGUGGUUCGUGUGGUGGAUCAACCAGACCACGGUCUACAUCCCUCGCCUGGUCACCGAUGUCACCUGCGCCUCCCCCAAAGCCCACCGCGGCCACGGCGUCAUCAUGGUGGACCUGCACUCCUGCGAGUUAGACCACCUGGGCAUUGGCCUCUACACUUUCUCCGCCUUGGUCACCCUCUUGUUCCUGGUGACCUCCAUCGCCGGUCGCCUGUUCGGCUGGGACGUUUGGUACAUCUACCACUUCUGCAUGGCCAAGUUCAAAGGCUACCGCUCCAUACCCAAUGUCAAGGCGGAGUACGGGGCGUUUGUUGCUUAUGACACUCGGGACAAGUCAGUGUCCGAAUGGAUUCUCAAGGAGUUGAUCGACAAUUUGGAAGAACGAGGGGAGCGACGAUUCUCCCUGUGUUUGGAAGAAAGAGACUGGAUGCCGGGGAAACUUGUAAUGGACAAUCUGUCCCAGAGCAUUCACCAAAGCAGGAAAACCAUUUUUGUCCUCACCGACUGUUACGUGAGCACGGGGAACUUUAGAAUUGCCUUCCACAUUGCUCACCAGCGGUUGCUGGAUGAGAAGGUUGACGUGAUCAUCUUUGUUUUGCUAGAAAGGGUCUUGCAACACUCCAAGUACGUGAGGCUGAGAAAGAGACUGUGCAAGAACUCGGUCUUGGCGUGGCCUUGUAACCGGCGCGCCCAGCCCCUGUUCUGGCAGCGCCUGAGAAAUGCAUUAACCACAGACAACUACCCGCAAUACACCAAUCUCUUCAGUGACAUUAGAGCGGCAGUAGCAGCAGCGGCAGUCGGCAACCGGCAGCUGCGGGAGCACGGGCAGCUGCGGGAGCACGGGCAGCUGCGGGAGCACGGGCAGCUGCGGGAGCACGGGCAGCUGCGGGAGCACAGGCAGCAGCAGUGGCAGCCGGCAGCUGCAGGAGCACUGACAGCUACAGGAGCGCAGGUUGCGGCAGGAGCUGAAUACGAUAACAUCAAUUUCCCUUUUUUAAUUCAUUUGAAAUGCUUCUCUAGGCAAGAAACACCACCAGCUCUGACUUUAUCGUGCUUCCUCUUUCUGCUCCACUUUGUGGUCAAGCUGCUCGCUGCCAUCCGGAUCCCAAGGACUCUCCCAUGUACAGUGACUACACAGGACAAUGGAUCUUCCAUCCAACUGGACUGCAGAAGCCACCGUCUGACUAAAGUGCCCAGUAACAUUCCUUCCAAUACCACCAGUCUAAAUCUCGCUGACAACAGGAUCGCGAAUAUUUCCAAUUGCUCCUUCUCAAACCUCCCAAAUCUACUCACACUAGAUCUGAGUUUUAAUGAUUAUCAAGCCAGCACAGACUUGGACCCGAAGAGCAGGAGUUUGAACAUUUCCGAGGGCAGUUUCUCCUCGCUGGUGAAGCUACGAGAUUUGUACCUGGACCAAAAUCACCUCCCCCGAAUCCCUCAGGGGCUGCCGCCAACUUUACGACAUUUCAGCCUCAAUGGAAAUAAGAUUUUCAACAUCACAAAUGAAAGUCUACCUUACCUGCCAAAAUUAGAAACCCUUCACUUGUCACAGAACUGUUACCAUCGCAACCCUUGCAAUAUGAACAACCAGGUGCAAGAUGGAGCACUCUCACAUUGCAAACGGCUCAAGAAUCUCACUCUUAACUACAAUAACUUGACUUCUGUUCCACGUCACUUGCCGACAACUUUAAGGUCGCUCUCCCUCUCUUACAACAAGAUACAAACUGUAAAGCACGAUGAUUUCAGUGAACUGGUCAACUUGGAGUUUCUUGACUUAAGUGGAAACUGCCCCAGGUGUUACAAUGCACCUUAUCCUUGUGAACCAUGCCCUGGUCAGAUUUCCAUUCAAAUACAUCCUUAUGCUUUUCAGAGCCUUUGGAAAUUAAAGACGUUAUUUCUUUUGAGCACCAGUAUUCGCAAAUUUCCCAGUAGUUGGGUUCAGAACUGCACCAACUUGAAGGUUCUUAACCUUGGCCUGAAUUUCCUGACUUCUGAAAUGGCUACAGGUGAUUUUUUAAACCAUUUACGUGAAUUGGAAGUGCUUGACAUAUCAUAUAACUAUGAACUAAAAGCUUACCCAAAGGAAAUCAGUCUCUCAUGGAAUUUUUCAAAAUUAGUCUCCCUGAAGCAAUUAAACAUUGAAGGAUAUGUUUUCAGAGAACUUAAUGAGGUUGAUAUUAAACCACUGUACAGUCUGCCCCAUCUUUCUGUUCUAGACCUUGGCACGAACUUCAUUAAGCAGGUAAACUUAACAAUCUUCAAUCGAUUUACAUCGCUAAGUUUAAUAUAUCUGUCAGAGAAUAGAAUCUCACCUCCAUCAGACGAUGAAGAUCUUUUUUAUGGUUCGAUACGUAAAGGUGAACAUCUUCCUUACACAGGAUCAAGUUUUAAAGGAUCAUAUUUCCAAUCUGAAAAUCAGGGUUACGAUUCUUACGGUGCUAAUGAUCGCAACCAGGGACCGGUGGUAAAAUUGCCGUGCCGUUCUUACGGGAAAACUUUGGAUCUGAGUUUGAAUAACAUCUUCUUCAUCAACCCAAAGCAGUUUGAAGGCUUCGCAGAAGUGAAGUGCCUGAAUUUGUCAUCAAAUGCCAUUGGCCAAGCGCUGAAUGGUACUGAGUUUGCAUCUCUGCCUGAUUUGAAGUAUUUAGACCUUUCCUACAACAGACUCGAUCUGGCUUACGACAAUGCUUUCAAAGAGCUGAAGCAACUGGAAGUAUUGGACUUAAGUUACAAUAAACACUACUUUAUCGUGGAGGGUGUCACACACAAAAUGGGAUUCAUUCAAAACCUUAAAUAUUUGAAAGUAUUGAACUUAAGUGAAAAUGCCAUCUUCACCUUGACAGAAUCAGGAUUGUACAGUGACUCGCUCAACAUUUUAGAAUUCAAAGGGAAUCGUCUAAAUAUCUUAUGGAAGAAGGGAGACCAGCGUUAUAUUAGCUUGUUUGAAAAUCUAACUAAUUUAACGCAUCUUGAUUUAUCUGACAAUCUUCUUAGGUCUAUUCCACAUGAUGUCUAUAAGCAUUUGCCACGUAACCUGACACAUUUGUGUUUGAGUUACAACAAGCUGGAAAUAAUCGAUUGGAAAAGCCUACAAUUUUUGAAGAAUCUGCUGACCUUGGAUCUCAGCAGCAAUAAAUUAAUUACUGCCCCUGAUAGAUUGUAUGAAAAUACGAAGUCUCUCCAAACGCUUUUACUUGGAAAAAAUAAAAUUUCCGAACUUCCCAUAAGUUUUCUUACGACAGCAAACAGAUUAAAAUAUCUUGAUUUAAGUAACAACAAAAUUACAACUUUCAAGCAGUUAAUUUUCCCGACUAGUGAAAAACUCUCCCUGGAAGUCCUGAUUUUAAUAGGGAAUCCUUUUUCUUGCACCUGCGACCUUGCCCCAUUCAUUGCAUGGAUCGAUGCGUGUGACCUAGACAUUCCUCAACUGGCCACUGAUGUCACCUGCAAUUCACCUGAAAACCACCGGGGGCAGAGCAUUAUUCUCCUUGAUCAGCAUGCAUGUAGAAUGGAUGAGGUUGAAGCUAUAUUAUGCUUGGCUUCUGCCAUUGUAAUUGUUAGCACUCUGGUUAUAAUGAUCACCCAUCAUCUGUUUUACUGGGACGUAUGGCACUUUUACUAUUUCUGCACCUCCAAGUGGCAAGAGGAUGGCUAUCAUUCUCUUAGCAUGCAGAACUGUUUCUAUGAUGCAUUUAUUGCAUAUGAUGUUUCCGAUCUGUCCGUGACAGACUGGGUGGUCAAUGAACUGUUAGUUCACUUGGAAGACAAGGGGGAAAGGCCCUUCUCGCUGUGCUUAGAGGAGAGAGACUGGGGCUUAGGCUUGGCUGUUGUGGACAAUCUUUCUCAAAGCAUUCAUGGGAGCAAAAAGACUGUGUUUGUGCUCACGAGAAGUUACAUCAAGAGGGGGACAUUCAAGACUGCUUUUCAAAUGGCCCACCAAAGACUAUUGGAUGAAAAUGCAGAUGUGAUUGUGCUGAUCCUGUUAGAACCUGUUUUAAUAAACUCAAAGUACCUGAGACUGAGGAGAAGAAUAUGCAGCAGCUCUGUACUGCAAUGGCCCAAGAACCCGAAAACUGAAAACUUUUUCUGGCAUUGCUUACGAAAUGUGUUAGCAACAAACAAUGCAUCGAGAUACAAUACAAUUGGCGAUUUCACUUAACUCCAAUUGAACAUUGAUUCUUUUUAAUCCCCAAAAUGUGUCAUCCCUACUAUAGAUGGAUUGAAUGCUCAAAAACCCUUCUUAAUUAUUUAUCCUUAAAUGUGGCCUUGACCAUCUUAAGCCAAACUAAAGAUAGAUACAACAAGCUGGAGUGACUCAGCGGGACAGGCAGCAUCUCCGGAGAGAAGGAAUGGGUGACGUUUCAGGUCCAGACCCUUCAUCAGACUGAAGACCGAUCAGACUGAAGAAGGGUCUCGACUUGAAAUGUCAUCCAUUCCUUCUCUCUAGAGAUGCUGCCUGUCCCGCUGAGUUACUCCAGCUUUUUGUGUCUAUCUUUGGUUUAAACCAACAUCUGCAGUUCCUUCCUACACAUUAAUCCAAACUAAGGCUUCCUUCCCCUGCUCACCACUGGCUCUAUAUUUUCAUCUACCUUGUAUUCCUUAACAGUCAAACUGUGCCAUGGAUUAUACCCUUCAAUUCUUUCCAUCUUCAAUGUGUGCAGUCUCUAUUCACUUCUAUCCCCGUAAAAUGAGGUCACCCUCCCGUCAGCUCCACUACCCAAACUGCUUUCUUCUUAUCAUCCACUACUGCUUGUCCAUCUCCCUCCAUCACGGAAUAGAACCAAUGCUUUUCUUUGAGCACCAUCUACUACGUUUCCUCCCAUAAUCACCUACAUUACUCAGUUGUUGUUUGAUGUGGAGUCAUAGAAUGAUACUGUGUGGAAACAGGCCCUUCGGCCCCAACUUCUAUACUUUUGACCCAUCUAUUAUCUUCCCAUGGGCUCUCAUCUUCUUCAGUAGCCUCGCAUGUAGCACCUUUUCAAAGGCCUUCUGAAAAUCCACUGAUGAAACAUAAAAACAUAGGAAAUAGGUGCAGAAGUAGGCCAUUCAGCCCUUCGAGCCUGCAACGCCAUUCAAUAUGAUCAUGGCUGAUCAUCCAACUCAGUAUCCUGUACCUGCCUUCUCUCCAUACCCCCUGAUCCCUUUAGCCACAAGGGCCACAUCUAACUCCCUCUUAAAUAUAGCCAAAUGAACUGGCCUCAACUACCUUCUGUGGCAGAGAAUUCCACAGAUUCACCACUCUCUGUGUGAAAAAUGUUUUUCUCAUCUCGGUCCUAAAAGAUUUCCCCCUUAUCCUUAAACUGUGACCCCUUGUUCUGGACUUCCCCCAUCAUCGGGAAUAAUCUUCCUGUAUCUAGCCUGUCCAACCCCUUAGGAAUUUUGUACGUUUCUAUAAGAUCCCCCCUCAAACUUCUAAAGGAUACGGUGUUUGCAAAAUCAAACUCUCCUUUCACCCCACUCAAUCCACAAAUCAUUCAAAGUGACAGUCAAUAAUUCCCUCCCCAAACCACAUCCUCAACCUCGCCCCUCCUAUAAAUAUUUCAGUUUUCUUUAUAAAGUCCUGAGUUAAGUGGGUGCUUGGUAAUUGCAAUCUCACUUCUCCAAUUUGUAUCCAUUUGAAAUUAUCACUCGCCUUUCUCAGAGCACAGAAAAUGGAGUUGAGUUGAGUUUACCAUCAUAUUGCACAAGUAUAGUGAUGUACAGGUACAACGAAAGCCAUGAAGACUUCCAGUGUAACCACACGUCAUUCCUUCCUUUUACCCGGAGACCUUCUUAGGUACCAACACUUCCUUUUUUUUUUCAUUUACCCUCCUUAGAACCACAGAGUCAAUUUCCUCCUUUAUGUCUGUGAAGCUCUUGCUUCCUAUUUAUAAUCUAUAAGGUCAUGUGAUAGGAGCAGAAUUAGGCCUUUUCGGCCUAUCAAGUCUAUUUGGUCAUUCAAUCAUGGCUGAUCUAUCUCUGUCUCCUAACCCCAUUCUCCUGCCUUCUCCCCAAAACCCCUGACACCCGCACUAAUCAAAAAUCUAUCUAUCUCUGCCUUAAAAAUAUCAAUUGACAGCCUCCACAGCCUUCUGUGACAAAGAGUUCCACAGAUUCACCACCCCAUGAAUAAUAUUACUUCUCCUCUCCUUCCUAAAGCCCUUUAUUUCUGAGGCUACGACCUCGAGUCCUGGACUCUCCCACUAGUGGAAACAUUCUCUCUACAUCCACUCUAUCCAAGCCUUUCACUCUUCUGCACGUUUCAAUGAGGUUUCCCCCUCAUCCUGCUAAACUCCAGCAAGUACAGACCCAGUGCCGUCAAAUGCUCAUCAUAUGUUAACCCACUCAUUCCUGAGAUCAAUCGUGUAAACCUCUUUUGGACCCUCUCCUUCCAGCAUUUCCUUCCUCAGAUAUGGUGACCAAAAUUGCUUGCAAUACUAUAAUCGGCAUUUCCCUUGAACGACUUAACCAGGACAUCAACCCAGAUAAACCAUGAUUCUCUCCAACUUAUCCAAAGCAAUCAUAUUUCCCACUAACAAGCGCAUGAUUUUCUUGUAAGUAUUCAACUCACGAGCCUCCCUGGCUCUGAUGAGCAAAGUGUUGCAAAUCUGCUUGUUACUGCACACAGUUUCCUUGGCAAUAUCCAAUAAAUCACCAUUGUAGAUGGUUUAUGCAUGCAACCUAUAAUGUAGCUACCUCAUCACCAUGAACACGCCCCAUCAUAUCAGUAUAACUAUGAUAUCCUCCCCUUGCUUCCUCCCAUUUUGGUCCCGGUAUGCCUGUAGGCUGGAUGCAGCCAGUGCUGGGACGUGUGUACCAUGUGCUUUAAUAAACUAUUUAGUAAAGGUUACAGUGUGUCAGACUAAGCACCUUUACAACCAUGAUGGCUUUCUCCAUCCGCCAGCACUUGCUCAUUCACAUCUUUCAGCCACCAAAGUCAAACCACCAUGAAAACGUGUUCCUUUGCGUUUUUAAUUUAGGUGCUUGGGAAGCUGAAAGGUCUAUAGGUGGAUAAGUCACCUGGACCAGAUGGACUACAACCCCAGGGUUCUGAAAGAGGUGGCUUUUGAGGUUGUGGAGGCAUUAGUGGCGAUCUUUCAAGAAUCACUAGAGUUAGGAGUGUCUCCGAGGACUGGAACAUUGCUAAUGUUACUCUGCUGUUCAAGAAGGGAGUGAGGAGAAACUAUAGCUGGAGACACAAAAAGCUGGAGUAACUCAGUGGAACAGGCAGCAUCUCUGGGGAGAAGGAAUGGGUGACGUUUCAGGUCGAGAUCUUAGCAAAACUAUACGCUGGUUAGCCUGACUUCAAUGGUUGGUAAGAUUUUAGAGUCCAUUAUUAAGGAUGAGGUUUCUGAGUACUUAAAAGCACAUGAAGUCAGUGUGGUUUUAUGACGGGGAGUUCCUGCCUGACAAAUCUGUUAGAAUUCUUUGAGGAAGUAAACAGCAGGGCAGACUAAGGAGUCAGUGAAUAUUGUUUACCUGGAUUUUCAGAAGGCCUUUGAAAAGGUGCUACAUGUGAGGCUGUUGAUGACGAUGAGAGCCCAUGAUAAUAGAUGGAUCAAAAUUGGCUGGAUGACAGAAGGCAAAGUGUGGAAAUUAAGGGGGCUUUUUCUGGUUAGCUGCCAGAGACUAGUGGUGUUCCACAGGAGUCGGUGCUGGGGCCGCUACUCUUCACGUUGUACAUUCAUGAUUUAGAUGGCGGAAUUAAUGGCUUUGUGACCAAGUUUUAAGAUAAUAUGAAGAUAGGUGGAGGGACAGGCAGUGUAGAGGAAACAGGGAGUCUGCAGAUGGUCUUGGACAGGUUGGGAGAGUGCAUUAAGAAGUGGCUGAUGGAAUACAGUGUAGCAAAGUGUGUGGUCAUGCAUUUUGGUAAUAAGAAUAAAGGCUUAGGCUAUUUUAUAAAUAGGAAGGGGAUUCAGAAAUCAGCGGUGCAAAGAGACUUUGGAGUACUUUGUGCAGGAGUCACUAAAGAUUAAUUUGCAAGUUGAAUCUGUAGUAAUAGCCCUGCCCCACGGUACGAGUUCAUUCCAAGAGCUCACCCGAGUUUAAAAAAAAUCAAACUCAUGGUAAGCAUGGAGAAUGAACGUAGUGGGUACGUCGGAGCUCGGGGACGACUCUUAGCGGCUCGUAACGCUAACGGCAGGUACUCGGGAAGACUCGCUAACGGCAGGUAAGCACGGGAAGACUGGUGAAGAUUUUUCACCAUGUUGAAAAAUGUCCACAAGAGCCCCGAGUACUGAUGAGUGGCCAUUACCGUAAAUCUCCGAGUUCGAAUCAGGGCAAACUCGGGAGAGCUCUUGGAAUGAACUCGUGCCGUGGGACAGAGCUUUAAUGAAGGCAAAUGCAAUGUUAUAAUUCAUUUCGAGAGGACUAGAAUAUAAAAGCAGGGAUGUAAUGCCGAGGCAUUUUAAGGCACAUGUAAGACUGCAUUUGGGGUAUUGUGAGCAGUUUUAGGCCCUAAAUCUGAGGAGGGAUGUGCUGGCUAAUGAGAAUGAUCUCAGUGAUGAUUGAGUUAACAUUAUACGUAUGUUGAUCAUUUGACGUCACUGGGCCUGUACUUGCUGGAGUUUAAAAGGAUGAGGGGGAACCUCAUUGAAACUUACCAAAUACCGAAUGGCCUAGUGGAUGUGGACUAGUGGGAGAGUCUAGGACAAGAGGGCAAAGAAUAAAAAUACGUAUCUUUAGAAAGGAGAUGAGGAGGAAUUUCAAACACAGAGGGUGAUGACUUUGUUGAAAUCAUUGCCAUAGACGCCAAGUCAUUGGGUUUUUUUAAAGCAGAAAUUGACAGGUUCUUGAUUAGUAAAUGAGUCAAAGGUUACGGGGAGAAGGCAGGAGAAUGGGGAUGAGAGGAAAAAAUAAAUCAGCCACGAUUAAAUGGUGGAGUGGAUUUGAUGGGCCGAAUGGCCUAACUCUGCUCCUAUGACUUAUAACUUGUAAUUCAUUUAUCUUUCAUGCACUUCAUCACUUUGUAUGAACAGGUUUACCCUAAAUACUUUCAAUAGUUAGUAGCUGAGGAAAGAAAAUUACAACCAGGACAAGUUUUUCUUUUGCAUAAUUUAGUUGAGUGUAGAUGUGACCCUUUCUAUUUUGUAAGCUUUACAAAUUCACUUUAAUCUGGUGCAGUGUGAUCACCACAACCUGUAGGAAAGUAUGGAUUCAGCUGGACAUUUCCCUUGCUGGACAUUUCUCUUGGUGUUUUACACACAAUUUGUACUUAUACAGUGUUUGCAGGUUACAAACAUAUCUGUAAUAAUGGGGAUUCAACCUUCUUAACUCUUUGAGCAUUGCCUAUUAUCAUGUAACUGAUGGGAAGCCAUAUUGUUGUUUAAAUAGAUAUAGCUUCUAUACUAAUGUUUGAUUGUAUUUGCCUAAAGAUGCAUUCUGCUCCAGUACAUAAAUGCAUGCAUGUUAUCGUUUUGUGCUUCAUGCUUCCUCAAUAAAAAGUUUUUUUGCGUUAUUCUCUCUGCUCAAUGUUCCAUUCAUAUUCCGUGACUGGAAAAGUCUUGAUAUGUGGGUGAAAUUUGGGGUGGCAAGAAAGAUUUUUUCAACAGCAGAGGAAUAUUUAUUUCUUUAUAAAGUGGUUGGGGCGGAACAGAGGCACAGUGGUUGAGUUGUUACCUUACAGCGCCUGAGACCCGGGUUCGAUUCUGACUACAGGUGCUGUCUCUACAGAGUUUGUACGCUCUCCCUGUGACCACGCAGGCUUUCUCAUGGUGCUCCAGUUUCCUCCCACACUCCAAAGCUCCUCAAAUGCAGUUCCACAUAGAUUACUGCCAGCAUAUCCAUAAAAUAUAGCAUAGAGAGAGAUUCAAGGGUUUGAAGGGCCUGUCCGUCCCACUUGGGCGACUUCCACCGCAAAUUCUGGCGAGUUUGCCCGUGAUCCAUACGCGCAGCAUGGUCGCCACGAGGUUGUAGGAGGUCUUCGUCACUCUCCUUCAUGGUCGAGAGUGGUCUCCGCGUACUCGAUGCUUCAGCUAGGUCGCGGCGUUUUUUUUCCAAGAUGUUAAAAAUUGACCGCGACUAAAAAUAGGUAGCCGUGGGAAAAAUCGAUACAUUUUUACUCGUAGGUCUAGUCAAAGUCGGUCGUAAUAGGUCGUGAUGCUAGUCGUAGACACUCGAAGGUGGUCGAAGUUAGUCGAAGGUAAUAGCUCCGGGUUGAAAAAAAGGUGAGUAGGAAAAAAAGGUAAUGUCAACAGCAGCACGUGACCUCUGUCACUCCAGGGCAUGUUCAUUCAUAGCUGGAGAGUUUUUUGCAGAGGAGACUUGUGUUUUAGAGAUGGCACCAAAAAGGCAGCAGCGCAGGGGAAGGCACAACCCUCAAAAAACCUGCCAUGCAGGUGUUGCCCACCCAGGAGGAGGAGGGGCAGGAGGUGAUGCCACUGGAGGUGAUGGUGCAGGAGGAGGUAGCCCUGCAUGAGAGACCCCUGGAGGAGGAGACCAGGGUGGGAGUAUAUGUCCCCACCACCACCCCAUCCUUCACUGCCUCAUUUGAAGGCAGCAAAGCAGCCCUUUCUCCCGUGUCUGACACAGCAUCAGAGGCAGAUGCCCCAUUGGUGGUGAGGGAGGGCUGGAGGAAGGUUAUGCCCUACACCUUCACCAGGCAGCAGGAGGGGGACCUUGAGGAAUGGUUCCAGCAGAAUGCCAUCCUGUACGAUAAGGAAAAUGAGGGGUACAGGGACAGGGACCAGAAUGGCAUGCUUGCCAUCCACUGCCCCACAUGUGUGCUUCAAGUUCCAUCUUUUGUCAAAGCCCAGCGCCAUUCUCUUCCAGUCAUCUGGUGUACUGGGACAGUCCAUCACAUCAUCUCCAUAUACCUUGAUAAUUGCCUCACAGGUCUCUUGUACUAUCUUACUGAUGGUGUUGUGGGCAACAAGAAAGUUGUAACAGAGGCUCUUGUACGAGUUCUCUGUUGCCAAGUAGCGGAGGGUGAUGGCUAGUCUCAGUCCUAGCUCCAGUGUCUUUUUCAUAUAGGUCGCCUUUUUUCUCAGCAGGGGGCCCACUUUUGCAUUCAGCUCAUUGAACAGCU